CAUAACAAAAACAUCCUGCAGCUCGGUGCUGCUGCCCUCCUCUUCAUGCUGCCUCCGCUCUCGUUGUCUGUUUACAACCUCAAUGGCGCAAGGAUCAUAAUUCUUUUCAAGUGGACUGUUUGAAGACAGGCUCCUGUGGAUCCUGGCCAUGGAUGAAGAGUUGACGCCUUUGGAUUGCCUGCUGCCCUCAGGCACACAGAGGAUCUGUCUGAUCAUUUUGAACCAGCCUCUGGAUAAAGACUACCUACACAUCCUCUGGAGUAAAGCUCUCUUGAGGGCGUGUGCUGAUGGAGCUGCCAAUCAUCUUUAUAACAUCACUGCUGGAGAUCACGACAGCUUCCUCCCCGACUAUAUCAGCGGGGAUUUUGAUUCCAUUACUUCUGAGGUCAAAGCUUUCUAUGCAGACAAGGGGUGCAGGCUGAUAGAAACCGCUGACCAGGAUUUCACAGAUUUCACCAAGUGUCUUGCAGUCAUGGUGAAGGAGAUUCAGAAGCGACAGCUGCAGGUGGAUGCUAUAGUGGCAUUGGGUGGUCUGGCAGGCAGACUGGACCAGACAAUGGCAUCUGUGGAGACCCUCUAUCACGCUUUGUCCAUGACGCGUCUCCCUCUGUUGAUCAUACAGGAAACGAGCUUGGCAUAUCUACUCAGACCCCAGGGCAGCCACAGACUGGAGGUGAACACAGGUCUGGAGGGAGACUGGUGCGGCCUCAUUCCUGUAGGUGGGCCCUGCCAAACAACCACCACUGGGCUGAAAUGGAAUCUGAAUAACCAGAUCUUGCAGUUUGGGAAGCUGGUCAGCACCUCUAACACUUACGAGCCCACUGCACCAGGAAACCCCAGAAAGCCUGUAACUGUGACCACGGACCAGCCUCUGCUUUGGAGCAUGGGCAUCCAAAAGGACGGGGAAUGAUACCGAAGAAAGCCUCCCUUGUGAUGAAAAUGACAGGAUAGAGCAUGCAACUACUUUUCUAGAGCUGAGCUGCUGCAAAGUCACUGGUUUUUCAUGUUAUUUAUAGCACGCUGUAGGAAAGGAAAAAAGCUGAAAGCACUGUCAUAGUAUACGGGGCCAAAGCGUUGUGUUUUAUGGGUAUUAUGUGACAAAAUAACAAAUUAUCAUCUCAGGUGGAACAGGACCAUAGAAAACUGACAGAAACAUGACCAAUUUUUACUCUGCUUAUCAUAGAGACCAUCCUUGUUAAACUGCAUGUUCUAGGUAGAUUGAUGGGCUCUGUGCUAUUUUGCUGUUUCCUUGUCUUGAUGCAUCUUCAUUAUAUAUUUACUUUUAAAUUGAACCAUUUUAAAGUUUAAUCUUGCCUUACACAGUGAAUCUAUCCUCUACAGGUAUCUGCUUUGUAUUGCAGCCCCCAGUAUGUGCCUUUGACAUUCUGUUUCACACUAAUCACUGGAAAAUACACAAAUUUCUAAGUAGUUGUGCCUUGUGAUGAGAGCUUAUGAUUGCACUUCUGAAAAAUAUAAACUGUUCUAUGCAUUUGUAAUAACAGGAAGGGUAUUUGAUUAGACAGGAAAAAUAUAGCCGUUGGGUUUCCAUUUGUUUUAUUUACACAUUGAAAUAUAAAUGUUGAGCACAGAAUGUAAAAAUGACAUCACUUCAGUCCCCAAUCACACCAGCCCAUUAACAUGUUGCACCACAGCGUCUUGACCAGGAUUUAUUUAACCACCACUGGAAGAAAAACAAACAAGGCAGUGUUAGCAAAUCAAGAAAUUGCAUCCACUUUAUAUAAUGACACAAAUUGCUACCGAAGAAAACCUCACUUGAAAAUACAAUGCCUGCAUGUUCCACUGCAUCAUACCACCAUAUGCACUUAUAGAUUAAUUCUGACAAUCAUGAGAGCAGCCUAAAUGAUAUAUUUGUAUGUUAUCUUCUACUGUGCACAGAAAUAAAAGGACCAAUGCUACCAGCAA